AUGGUAUCAGAACAAGUGUCCACCAUAAGACAAAGACAAACUCAGGAAUCAAGUGUUGACCCCAAACAGGGUCCGGCGCAAACGUCGCCAAGAAUUGUCGCACAACUGGAGUCGAGAAAUCCACUUGCAAGAAGAUUGGCUUACUACCACGAAUUAGAUGAAUGGCAACAAGAUAAUCAUUACAUCCGUUCUGGCUACGUCCGAGGAACUUCUCUGUAUUUGGAGAGUUUCAAGUCAUUGGGCUACUGGCACAAUGAGACAAUCAACAUCUACUCUCAUUUGUUACCUUCAAGUAUCUCGUUUUGGUUGAUUCUAUAUUAUGUUAACUUUCAGCUUGCUAUGUAUGAUAACUACUUGGGAGUCUGGGAAAAGCUUAAUUUUAUCCAGUUUGGUUUGGCAUGUACGUUUUGCAUGUUUAUGUCGUCUGUGUUUCAUACAUUGAAGUCACAUUCACACAAGGUCAGCAAAUUUGGAAACCAGUUGGAUUACUUUGGCAUUGUCAUAUUGAUUACAUGUUCCUUGAUUUCAAUUAUCUUGUUUGCCUAUUAUGAUGAACCAUUAGAAAAAUGGAUAUUUGUUUCUUUAACAUUGUUUUUUGGAACUGUUUGCACUGUGUUUACGUUACAUCCGGAAUUCUCCAAGAAUCACUAUCGACCAUUUAGGUCAACAAUGUUUAUCCUAUUUGGCCUUUCUGGUGUGUUGCCAGUCGCUUUCGGUGUCUACAAAUUUGGUGCCGCUACUACGCUGGAUCGAGCUGGAGUGAAAUGGUUAAUUUUGGAAGGAUUGUUUUACAUCUUGGGUGCUGUAUUAUAUGCUGCUAGGUUUCCGGAAAGAUUGACUCAUGUUGAAGAAGAUGAGCAUCUGUUGUUGCUGAACCCUCAAGCUGGUAAAUUUGACAUUAUUGGACAUUCACAUCAAAUAUUCCAUGUGUUUGUGGUGAUUGCUGCCUAUUGUCAUUGGUUGGCGUUGGUGCAAUGUUAUCACUACUUACACCAACAUAUUUUAGCUUAA